ACCAAAAUUCAGCGUAAAACCCUAAUCCCAGUCGUUCAACCUUCAAACAAACCUGAAAACAAAAUCCUUCUCCUCCAAAUCCAAGCGUAACCUUAGACCCUAUUUUUAGGUCACAGAACAGUGAAAGAGAACACCGCUUCACAAUCAUGGAGGUAGAAGAAAUCGAGAAGAAAGCAGUGAGAAUAUUCGUCGGCGGUUUAGGUGAAGCCGUAACCAACGACGACAUUCGCCGCCUAUUCGAAUCACUUGGCACCGUUCAAUCUCUCGAAACCAUCCGAACCAAAUGCCGCAACCUCGCUUACCUCGACUUCCUCUCCGAUCCUAAAUCCCUAUCCAAACUUUUCAGCAAGUAUAAUGGAUGUGUGCGGAAAGGUGGAAAGCUGGGACUUGAAAAGGCUAAAGAGCACUACCUUGAUCGGAUGAAAAAAGAAUGGGAAGAAGAUAAGAUUCGUAGUAUAGAAGCAUCGGCCACUGAGAUUACUACUCAAAAGAGGGAAUUGGUAAAGGAAAAGCCUAUUUCAAGGUUGAUGCACUUUGAUAGUUUUGGGUUGUAACGUGAGUUUCUUGUUUCUUCAAUCGGUUUAGGUUGAUGCACUUUGAUAGUUUUGGUUUGAUUAAUAAUAACGUGGAUUUGAUUUAACCUAA